AGAGAGAAGGAGAGAGAGAGGGACUUGAGUUCUGUUAUCUUCUUAGUAGAUUCCUAUUGUAAGGGUCCUAGAGGGGGUGGGGGGGUUGGCAAAAUCCUGGAGCCAGAAGAGAGGACAGCGGCAUUGAUCAAUCUUACAGCUAACAUGUUGUACCUGGAAAACAAUGCCCAGACUCAAUUUAGUGAGCCACAGUACACGAACCUGGGGCUCCUGAACAGCAUGGACCAGCAGAUUCAGAACGGCUCCUCAUCCACCAGCCCCUACAACACAGAUCACGCGCAGAAUAGUGUGACGGCACCCUCGCCCUACGCGCAGCCCAGCUCCACCUUUGACGCCCUCUCGCCAUCACCUGCCAUCCCCUCGAACACUGACUACCCGGGACCGCACAGCUUCGACGUGUCCUUCCAACAGUCCAGCACCGCCAAGUCAGCCACCUGGACGUAUUCCACUGAACUGAAGAAACUCUACUGCCAAAUUGCCAAGACAUGCCCCAUCCAGAUCAAGGUGAUGACCCCACCUCCUCAGGGUGCUGUCAUCCGUGCCAUGCCUGUCUACAAGAAAGCUGAGCAUGUCACCGAGGUGGUGAAACGAUGCCCCAACCAUGAGCUGAGCCGUGAAUUCAAUGAGGGACAGAUUGCCCCUCCUAGUCAUUUGAUUCGAGUGGAAGGGAACAGCCACGCCCAAUAUGUAGAAGACCCCAUCACAGGCAGACAGAGUGUGCUGGUACCUUAUGAGCCACCCCAGGUUGGCACUGAAUUCACGACAGUCUUGUACAAUUUCAUGUGUAACAGCAGUUGUGUUGGAGGGAUGAACCGCCGUCCAAUUUUAAUCAUCGUUACUCUGGAAACCAGAGAUGGGCAAGUCCUGGGCCGACGUUGCUUUGAGGCCCGGAUCUGUGCUUGCCCAGGGAGAGACAGGAAGGCUGAUGAAGACAGCAUCAGAAAGCAGCAGGUCUCGGACAGCACAAAGAACGGUGAUGGUACGAAGCGCCCUUUUCGUCAGAACACACAUGGCAUCCAGAUGACAUCCAUCAAGAAACGAAGAUCCCCUGAUGAUGAACUGUUAUACCUACCAGUGAGGGGCCGUGAGACAUACGAAAUGCUGCUGAAAAUCAAGGAAUCCCUGGAACUCAUGCAGUACCUUCCCCAGCACACGAUUGAAACAUACAGGCAGCAGCAGCAGCAGCAGCACCAGCAUUUACUUCAAAAACAGACCUCGAUGCAGUCUCAGUCUUCAUACGGUAACAGCUCCCCACCUCUGAACAAAAUGAACAGCAUGAACAAGCUGCCUUCUGUGAGCCAGCUUAUCAACCCUCAGCAGCGCAACGCCCUCACUCCCACCACCAUUCCAGAUGGCAUGGGAGCCAACAUUCCUAUGAUGGGCACCCACAUGCCAGUGGCUGGAGACAUGAAUGGACUCAGCCCCACCCAGGCCCUCCCUCCCCCACUCUCCAUGCCAUCCACCUCCCACUGCACCCCCCCACCUCCGUACCCCACAGAUUGCAGCCUUGUCAGUUUCUUAGCGAGGUUGGGCUGUUCAUCAUGUCUGGACUAUUUCACGACCCAGGGGCUGACCACCAUCUAUCAGAUUGAGCAUUACUCCAUGGAUGAUUUGGCAAGUCUAAAAAUUCCUGAGCAAUUCCGACAUGCAAUCUGGAAAGGCAUUCUGGACCACCGGCAGCUACACGACUUCUCCUCCCCUCCCCACCUCCUGCGGACCCCAAGUGGUACCUCUACAGUCAGUGUGGGCUCCAGUGAAACCCGGGGUGAGCGUGUUAUUGAUGCAGUGCGCUUCACCCUCCGCCAGACCAUCUCCUUCCCACCCCGAGAUGAAUGGAAUGACUUCAACUUUGACAUGGAUGCUCGUCGCAACAAGCAACAGCGUAUCAAAGAAGAGGGGGAGUGAGCAUUAUUGUGUGAGCUCUUUCCAUACUCUUCCCAUCAGCCCACCACCCUAUAAGGCACUACUGCUUGACCUUCAAAGCAUACUCCCUACCUCCUUCCUCUUCUCAGUGUGGUUUCUUAAGGGAAGGAGAAGUAAAAGGCUACAUUAACCUAAUGUCCAACCAGUUGUCUGGUUCUGAUUCUGGCUUUAAGCCUUCAAAUCUAUUAUUUGCAAGACUAAAGUUAUCAUGAAUUAGUAGAAGUGAGCGAAAAAGCAGUGAGUGUCUUCUUAAGCUGUAGAGCUCUCUCAUUGACUUUUAUAAAGCAUUUUCACUCUUAUAGUCUAAGACUAUAUAUUUAAAUAUAUAAAUAUACAGUAUAUAUUUUUGAUUGGGGGGCAUUGAGUAUUGUUUAAAAUAUAAUUUAAAGGAAAGAAAAUUGAGUUGCACUUAGUGACUUUUUUAAUUUACUUGUUUUGGAUGGCUUAUCUAUACCCCUUCUCUCAAGGGAUCCCAUGUAUGGUAAUACCUAUUUAGAGCUUGUGGUACAUGUGAGUGACAAUUAUGUAUAGGUCCCUUCAGUUCUUUUGAUGCUAAACAAAUGCCACAUCAAACCUUUGGUUAGAUUCAGAUGUAUUUACCAUUACUUAUUAUGUGACUAUAUACAUAUGUACAUGAUUCUCUAUUUUGAUGUAUCUUAUGUUACUGACAUUAGUAGUAUGGUGAUUCACUUUGGGGUUAAUCCAAUUAUAAGAAAAAGUUCAUAUUCAUAUUAUCACUAGAGGAAGGAAAUAUGCUCUCUUGCUUUUGGUUGGGAAUGGGGAAUAUGGGUCAUGGCUAAAAUUUUUCAAGGGUCCAUGGCAGCCAAUUAAAAAACACCUGGUAUCAUCUAUCUGGAUAUAUCAAUAAUCCCCUCAAAUUUAAUACCAGACAUAUGAUUUCUUAGUGUUUAUUGGUAAAACAUUUGUGGCCAUUAUAGAAGCCUUAAAACUGAAAUUUAUUAGUAGAUUGACAAACUCAAUUACACAUUUACUACUAUUGGUAGAAUUAAGGUUGAAUUGAUUGAAAUGAAUGUCAUCUACCUAGUUCUUACAGUGAAGUCAUAAUGGCUCUUCAGAAUAUCCAGGAAAAUGAAAUAUUAUAUGGGAAAUAUUGAAUCUCCACUAUUUAGUAAGAGACCUCAGUGGACCAUGAAUUUAAAUUCUUGGAAUACCUUUUGAAACAGAUAAUAUUAUCUGGUAAAUGUUUCUUUUAAAGACCCUCCUACUCUAUAAAAUUCUGCAUGUAGAAGCUUGUUUAUCUUUCUCUCUUCAAGGUUUAAAAUAGGAGUAGUGAUUUGGAAAAUACAAAAUUAGGAGAUUAGUUUUUCUCUGUGGCAUCAGUUACAUCACUAUUUCACUUCUCUUUUUUGAUCAAUGAGAGUUUCACUUUGUUGGAAAGUAACUGUGAGAACCCAAUUCCCCACCCAUCUCUCUCCUUGACUAUGCAUAGACAUAAAAAUUUCCCCACAGUUCAGGGGAUAAGCCUACUGUGGGAGCUGUUGCUUGAACCACAUAAACAAAGAGUUGUCUUCAAUGUUUGGGAAAAUAUGACAAUAUUCCCCUAAAUAUUUCAGAAACACACUUUGUAGCAAAUGCGUUUUUUUCAAACUAUAAAACAAAUAUUUUGUGUAUAUGCUAAUGAGAUAUAAAAUCUUUUACUUUCUGGUAAAGGGCUAUUCUUGCACAUAAGCUUCCAUUUGUAUUUUAAAGUGCAAAAGGGCUAAUGUGGCUCUAAAAUAUAAUGUAUGUGUUUCAUCUGAAAAGUGUAUAUAUGUUUUGUGUAUGAAAUUACAUAUUUUGUGUUUCAAUUAUUUUCUUUUUCUUUUGGGGAUAGUGGGUUUUUCAGAACCACAGUUGAAACCUUUUAUUAUUAUUAUUAUUAUUGUUUUUUUUAUAUUUUCAUGGAGAUACCAGUUAGUAAAACUAAAAGGUCAAUAAGAAAAAAAAAUGUCAUAAUUAAGAUGGGGGGAGAGAAAGUUGUUGUUUUUUUAUUAUUUUUAUUUUGUAUAUUCAAGAGAGUGAGUCCUUGAUUUCAAAGUUUCAUUGUGCUUAAAUGAUAAUAAGCACUGUUAACUUGUGGAACAAGCAGGCAGCUUUGAACACCUAUUAAGGGGAAGAACAAAAACUGUGCCUUGGCAAAGCUAGGAGGACACAUGGCUUCUUCUACUAUCCUGAGUGUUUGAGUAAACUUAAGGACUUCUGAGCUAUUUCAGCACUAUUCAGAUGGCACUAGGGGACUCAGAAAUCCCUGUACUGUAUCUCAUGGAUUUGGCACUAGGGGACUCAGAAAUCCCUGUACUGUAUCUCAUGGAUUUGGCAAUAGCCAAGUCUAAGUGCAACCACUGGCUUCACAUCCUGAUGGAAACUUAUACUCUUUGAGUGUAUGAGUAGCUAGGACAAUGGGGUAAAAGAAUAUUAAAGGCUCAUAAAUGGGAGUGGGCUUAAUGUUCCUCCAGUUCAGGGGAUAAGCCUUGUGGCCUUGUCGAAAAUGGAAAGGUUUUUGUUUGGAGGUGAUGAGAAACAGAAAUGGAGAACUGAGCUUUCUUCAUUAAAUCCAUUAAUAUUUGUUUUCUUGAUAUUCCUCUAAAAUAUAGUAUGUGGGAUGUUGAAUGUUUAAGGGUUGUAUUUUUUUAUUAUUUUUAUAAUUGUACAAAAAUUAGUAAAUGUCAAAUGUUUUAUAUACUUUAUUAAUGUUUUUGAAAGAUUCUUUCUUAGAGAUGUGAUACUUUUUUUUUAAGCUUCACUUGCUUGUCUUUUGGUAUUUUGUAUCAUGGGCUUUUGGUGAGCCAGAGGCAAAUCUACAAGCCACUAAAUGUUUACCAAGACAUGCAAUAAAAUUUAAAAAUAAAUAAAAAUGCAUUGAGAAAUGGUGUA